CAGCACGAGGCGAACACCUACCAGCGUGCUGUGAGCGACGGCCGGACGCGACACGUGCAUGAGAGAUGACUGACCGAGCAGCAGUUUGGAACAAAUGACAGAAGAUUACACACGCUUUGGCUGAAACAAGAAGAUGCCAGCGACUGAAAAUCAAUCUAAUUUGAUUACAUGUGAGAACUGAAUGAUGCUGUAGAUGGUUUCAGUGGACUCCUGAAGCUGCUCCAGGAGGAUCAUCGUAGAUUGAGGGGCUCUCUUGGUGGACGUUUGCGAGCGGGGGCCAGGAUGUGGCCCCCUGACCUCGGGCCUCCAGACGUCCAGCUGACACUUCCUGGUUUUGGAAGUGUGUUUGAGGAUGCGGAGGACCAUCAGGCACCACUGCCUUCUGGUGGCUUCUGUCAGUCAUCGAUGCAUUCAGGUGGUCUGGGCGUGUGCUGUCUUCCAAGGACUUCCCUGUCCCUGUCCUCACUGGGCUGUGACCUCACCUCCCUGCUCAGCUGUAAGACAGCUGGAUCCCACAUAGAAAAGACUAUGGAGGACUUUGCCACCACGGCACACACAGAUCCUAAAAACAACAACCAGAGGUUCAGUUGUUACCCCCAGCCCUCCCUCCCUUUAUCAUACAUGCUCACCAGCUGUGCCACAUCUCCCCCUUUUGGCUCUCCACCGUCCUCUCUUUCCUCUUCCUCCUCCUCCUCAUCUUUAUUUUUUGCCUCUUCCUUGCCUCUUUCUGACGCACCCGGGGGCAACAAGACUCCUCAUCAGCAACAAAAGAUACAGGAAGAGUAUCACUCGAUCAAACAAGAGCCUGCAGAUGAUUUCUUACCAUGUAAGAGGGAGCCGUUUCAAGUUAACAACCAGCAGGGGGAGCUGUUCCACGUGGGCCAGCCCCUCCAAGGCCAUGAUGGUCAAGACAGCGCUCCAAUUCACUUCCCGAGGCUUAAUGGACCCAUAGGACAGGACCUCGCAGUGGACCAACAGGACCAGCCGUGUCAUUGGAUCGACUGCAGCGCCACUUGCAGCAGCCAGGAGGAGCUGGUGAGGCACAUCGAGAAGGUGCACAUCGACCAGCGCAAAGGGGAAGAGUUUUCCUGCUUCUGGGCCGGCUGUGUGCGACGCCACAAACCCUUCAAUGCUCGCUACAAGCUACUCAUCCACAUGAGGGUCCAUUCUGGAGAAAAGCCCAAUAAAUGCAUGUUUGAGGGCUGCACCAAGGCGUUCUCACGCCUGGAGAACCUGAAGAUCCACCUGAGGAGCCACACCGGAGAGAAACCCUACAUCUGCCAGCAUCCCGGCUGCCUCAAGGCCUUCAGCAACUCCAGCGACCGAGCCAAGCACCAGCGCACACAUCUGGACACGAAGCCGUACGCCUGUCAGAUCCCAGGAUGCACCAAACGCUACACCGAUCCCAGCUCGCUACGAAAGCACGUCAAAGCUCACUCAGCCAAAGGCCUUCAGGAGAGGGAGGUCAAGGUUCAAGUGCACGCAAUGCUGGAGUCGGACAUUUUGAGCGACUGUCUGGCGAGGCAGCAUCUCCACAGCUCUGCCUCUUCUCACCAAGGAAGCAGCUCACCUUUACCGAGCUUAGAUGACUUCACAGGUGUCUACUCAAACAGCAGCACCGUCCACAACAGGGGAAAUUCUCAGUUUCUCCCCCCAUCAGCAGACACCUGCUCCAGGUAUCAAGAUUUGGAGGGAAACUUUGACGCCAACAGCCCAAUAUCUUCACUAACAAGCCCAGGGAGCAUGAGAGAGGGCAGGAACAGACCAACACCGCUGUUCAGCCCAGCGAGCUCCUCGUCAGACCGAGCAGACGUCCAGCUGCAGGGCUACCACAAAACCUACAGCCACCAACAAGUUUUCUCACAGCAGCAAGGAUGUGUGUAUGGAGAAGGAAAGGCGGGUCAACCAGUCAGCGAUGGAGGCUUUGAACCAGCCAGUUACUUCACAAACCCCGCAGCCUCUCACUCUACAGGAUUUGACAUGUUGCAGGACCUGCAGGGCCAGGCGGGGGGCGGUUACUCCAUGUCUCCCUGCUCAGACGACAGCUUCCUCUUCCAGGCAGGAGGCAUCGACCGCUGCCUCAACCAGAUCUACUCAAUCUACCUGGACUCAUGAUGGCCACCCAGAACCAAAAAAACUGAAUCAGAAGCACUUUGUCUUCCUGAGGACAUAAUGCAGCAUGUACGAUGUGCAACGGCAGACAAUCACAACAACAAUAUACUGUAUAUUCAAGACUGAGGUUGACAGAUUUGUUCUUAUUCUUAACAGAUGUGAAAAAUAUGUCAACGGGAGUUUUAACGGUACAAACUAAAGUACAAAAGUGACAAGAGGCAGAGCUUCGGGCAAACUGGCUAACAUGAACGGCCAAAGAGGAAAUCUGGUCAAAUUAUGAAUGUAAAUAGCAGUGACUUUUUUAUUCAGAGAUGACCACAGCAUUUGUGAUCUGGAUAGAAGGAGCUAUGAGCUUUAUUUGCGGUUUGAUCCACACAGAAAGUCAGAUAGCUGGCGCUGCCGCUGUCGUUAAACUCAAAAGUGAGUUUAAUUCUGCCUCCACAGCAGCUUCGCCUCCAGGAAAUGUUAAACCAGCAACAUUUGUCUGUUGAGUGGUUCCCAAUCUACGAGCGAUGAAUACAUCUGCUAGUGUUGCAAGAUGACAAGAUGAGAAGAUACCCAAGAACAAAACAACACAGUUCUGUUUCUCAAAUUCUAUUAAUUCUUCUUGGCUUUUCUCAAAUUGUCGCUGUUUUGAAUAAAGUACUGGACAGUUUUUUCAUCUUUGGCCAAGCAGCAUCAUUUUAAGGUGUCACAAGCCAAAACGGUUGGGAACCAUUGUGUUGUAAUAGAUGACGUGUUGCAUUUAGCGGUCCAAGCAAUAGAGCAAGGAGCAGGUCAACAGUUUGGGAGAUGUGCUUAUUGUUUUCUUUACGAGAGUUAGAUGAGGAGGGCGAUAACACUCCUGUGUCUGCACAGCCAAGAGGCAGUUAGCUUAGCUUAGCACAAAGACUGGAAACAGAGGGAGACAGCUAGCCUGGCUCUGUGUAACGGUAGCAAAAUCCCCCUACCAGAAACUGUUAACACAUUAUAUUUUGUAUUAUAAACAGGAUAUAAAUUGUUAAUUAGUGGACGAGAGAUACUGGUAGGCAGAUUUUGUUACCUUUUGACAGUGCCAAGCUAAGCUAAGCUUCAUAUUUACCGUACAGAUGUGAUAAUAAUAAUAAAGAAAAAGAAGAAGAACUGCAAGAGCGUGGAGAGUAGAGGAAACUGUAGUGGUGCUGCAAGCAGGCAUCUUAACGACUGUAUGGAAAUAUAAUAUACAAACAGUCAGAGUGGAUGAGUGUGAACGGCUCCUGGGGCUAAAAAAAACCUGACACACAGAACAAAAGGAACUGCACUAAAACAUAUCGUCUGUGAUUUACAUGUCAUGGACUGAGGGGUGCCAGCAGAUACAUUUCAAUAUGUGUAAUCGAACAGCGAUCAAGACGGUAGCAUAAUCUCCUUUUUUUAUAUUGUUUCUUUUGUUGCUUCUGCACAGUGCCUUUACAUGUUUGUUGUAUAGUUUCUAUCAGUGUUAUAUUCAGCGAGAGGGAGGCGUGCAUUGUUUACAGUAAGUUCUCUGCACUCUUUUCUGUCUCAGCACAGAGACUUUAAGAAAAUGACCAACCAGAAAAUGUUUACACUGAUUUUGUAGCAAUUCAGAGACUUCUUAUUGUUGUCAUUGACAGUGUAUAUAGACUGUAUAA